AUGAGAGAAACUAUUAAAAUCUUUGGCGGAAUUGAUAUCCUUGUUUCAAAUGCUGCAACAAAUCCUUCAUCAGGUUCAGUAUUAGAUUGCGAUGAAGAAAUUUGGGAUAAAAUAUUUGAUGUUAAUGUCAAAAGCGCAUUUUUAUUAACAAAAGAAGUAGCACCACAUCUCAUUUCUAGAGGUGKAGGUUCAAUUGUUUAURUCUCUUCAAUAGCUGGUGUCAAUCCAAUGCCGAUGUUGGGAGCAUAUUCAGUUAGUAAAACGGCUCUUCUUGGUUUGACAAAAGUAGUUGMUAUGGAUUUGGCAGAGAAUAACAUAAGAGUCAAUUGUGUAGCUCCUGGUAUCGUGAAAACAAAAUUUGCAUCAUCGCUUACUGAAAAUGAAUCGCUUAGUGAAUAUUUAUUACAAGGGAUACCUAUUAAAAGGUUUGGCCGUCCCGAAGAAAUUGGUUCUAUUAUAUCAUUUCUUUGUUCACCCUCUUCUUCUUUUAUAACUGGUGAAGUAAUUGUAGCAUCUGGUGGAAUGACAUCUAGGCUUUAAAUGUGUAACUAUAGUUAUUGGAUUAUCAUUUUUAUCUUUUAAUUAAUAAUUUAAACAGUCAAGAUCAAAUUAUUGAAAUAACAAUAUUC